CAGAAUUUAAAGCCAGCCAGAGCUGACGACCCACUGGCCGAGUUUUCAUUUUUUCUGCAUCAGCGGCUGCAAGUUUCCAAAAAAUUUUCAUUUCAAGAGUUAUCAACUACGGAGUGUGCUCGGUUAUGCCUGCAAGUUACGGAGCAACUUAACUUCAAUUGUAGCUCAUUUGAGUAUGAGGUUACUAAAAAUGAUUGUUUUCUGAUGGGUUCAUCCUGCCUACAUCACCAAUUAAUUUACGAUGGAUUGAGAGACUAUUACGAACUGAAAGGUAAGUGUGAAGUGACCGGUUGCGUAUUAUAAUCGGAUUUUGAAGCUCUUGGGGAUCACCUAAAUCAGAAUCAUCAGAUUAUCAUCAAGAGCUGACUGGGAAUCACAUUAAAUUGCGAUUUAAAGCCACUGAUCACUAGGGUGCGAGACUAGGGGUGUACUCCCUCGUACAGCCAUAGUGCCACUGAUAAUUUCAUAGAGGCCAGAUCUGAAAACGGGUAUGGAAAAUGAAAUUUUUUGGUCUAAAAAAGGGGCAGGAUUUGGAGGACCGGGCGCUAAAUGUACACGCACACCAAGAAUUUCCAGGAUUACCCGGGGGGGAUGCAAGGAUAAGUACAAACGGUUCAAAGGGAGUGCUAGCUUUCUAACAGUUCUCGGUGCAUUAACCUGCCUUUUUUCCCUAACUACAUGUGCAGCCAUUACCAUGCAAGAACGAGAGCAAACGCAAACAAGCUUCAUUAUUAAUAAAUCUUUCGGGAUUGACCAUUUCCAGAAUUUGUUGAGUUGCACGUACGAUAUAAAUGUCAUCACGUAAUCCAUACCAGACAGUCAUUAAAUUAAAUUUGACCCCAAAUGUCACGAAUAGUAUCAAAACUGUAUUUCGGCCCAAAUGACUUCCCAGAUCUACCUUUUUUGUCUUCGUGAAAAUAUUGAUGUUUAAGACUGACAUGAAAUGCUCGAUAUACCAGAAUUUGCAAUCAAAGCUCUCAGAUAGUAACAGAGUCACGAAAAGAAGGUCUAACGAAAGUGGGACGGGGGUGAUCUGGGGAUAGGAGGCGGUGGCAGGAAUUAACCGCGGUCAAACGCUCGAGCAUGCGCAAUGCACUCGUAUCCGGUCCCAGCCGGGGAAAUUUCCCGCGCGAAAUUUUAAUUGAAACCAUUGCAGAGACCGGUGUCAAGCAAAGCAUAGUUGAACAAUCGUCAGAAAUACGCUAAAGUUAAGCGAAAUACUUCAAAGUGAAGGUUUUUGUUUUCACAGUUAAUAGUUAGAUAAAUUUUCAUUAUUAUCCGAGUUCACUAAAUUUUUUUGACCUUCACUAAAAAAGUUCUUCGUGUUAAAAGAGCCGACAUGCGAAAGCUUGUCGUCGCCAUUUGUUUAGACUUGUUUACUGAAUGUCGCUGUUCCAAUGCGUGAUGAGUCCAGGAAGGGAGAAGCCAACAGGAAGAGAAAACUGUAGUCAAAAACAGCUCCGGAGUGUUGAUUAAGUUUUAUCGAGGGCAGAAGGGGUACCUGCUGAAGGAUCAUGGCCUUGCCUGAGGCAUAGAAACGCGAUACUUGCCGAGGACAAACGCUGCUCCUGUCCAUCUUCGUGGGGACACAGUAAAACCAUUUAAAAUUCCAAUCGUCGAGAGACUGUAUGCAGUAUUUGACGAGGUGGACAGGAACAACCUGACAACGUUACCCACUACAAACCUCGGACAAAAUGGUGCAAUAAUUAUGCAGAAGCAACGCAGUUAAUAAAUCUCUUCACUCCAAAAACAAACGAAAGAGACAUCAGAAAAUAUGGUAAACCACACUUAACUAAAAUUUUAUUCUCAGCAAUUUGAAUUCACUGUCCUCUCAUUUUAAGUAAUAUUUUAUAAACGGAUGAACAACUGUACAGAAAUAUUUUUUUCUCGGUUAAUGGUUUUUUUUCAGCUUUUCCCUUCCCUCCCCUCCCCUCCCCAUGACCUAUUUCCUUGAUUACCUUUUGAGCUCCUGAUCAGGUGAGCCAAGGCUUUCAACAUUUUGCUAUAUAUAAACGCGGUGUGCUUGGCAUUUUAAGCUCGUCAGAAGCAAUUAACUACAACUGAUCAUUGAAAAACUGGUUGGAGUCAUCCCUGUUUCCAGUUGUCAGAAAAAGAAAUGGAAGUAAGGGGUGUCCUUUUUGUGAUUGAAACAGAAGAGAAAAAACGGAAUUUAACUUUUUCACUUCGACCAUAAUAAUGCACUUUGUUUAAGCCAGAGAGGUGAUCAAAGAUCAAGAAGGAAGACUUUAAGAAAAAGCAGAAAAAAUAACAAUAAUAAACAGGUAACAAAGCCUUGAGAGGAUAGCUGCCCAUCUCCAAAUGAUGGCUGGUCAGUUAGACUGCUUGGCUAACAAGAUUUUCUAAAAGAUAGUCUAAAAUACUGUAAGAAAGAAGACAAAAUUGCAAAUAAAAUUUAGUGGAACCUUUAUUUGUCUUUUCAGUUAAAUUAGGUGUUCUUUAUGUACAUCAUUUCCAUUCUUUCUUCUCAUUUUGCAUCCUUUUCUCAUGGAUCUGCUUCUCCUUCAGUGUCUAGACUCUAUGUCUUCUAUUCAUCCCCUUCCUAACUUUCUGUACAAAAAUAAGAUAGAUUUAAUCAAAUAAAUAAUAAGUUGUCAGAUUGUUAUAACAAAAACAAAACUACAGUAGAUACCAAGUGCCUUUCCUUUUAAUGCUAUACGAGCAUCUAGUAACCCACAAUAAUCUCUAACUCGUAUUAUUUGGCCCACUUUAAAGAUGCAUACAAGAUCAUUAAACACCAUGGCAGUUAAAUCAACACAGAAGGUUGUACAACUGAGACCUCAUUUACCACCACUCCCCUCCCCCUAUUGCUAGUAAUUUAAACUGUAAAACUAAGACCAAGCUGCGAGCAUUGAAUGGACAGCGUAAUGAAAACAGAAGCCUAGUCAUGAAUGUAAACAAACAUGAAGAAUAAGCAAUAGUGUUGAAAUGACAGCAUGUACACUGAUGUCUGGUCAAUUUGCAAUGUCAAACAGUCAAAAAUAAUCUUAUGCUGCUGUGAUUAUUGAACUUAUGUGUGGUUAUUAAACAUCUGCUAAAACAAAAACCUUUUUCCCCUCACAAUGUGCCUGGCCUAAAACAAUAAAUAACACCGACACUAUAGAUGUUCAUACAUCUUUUUUGAGCUCGAUUAUGUUUACUAAACUCAUGUGAUGUGGUCAUUGAAUUUUAUGAAUGAGAUCUAAAAUAAUUAUUCAUUAUCGAUACAUUUUGUUUGUUAUUAAUACAGACUUAAACCCUGAGCGAGAUAAUAUAUUUGAUGUGAAAAGAUAAGAACAAGCUUAAAAUUAAGGUCGUCAGUCAUAAAAGAACAGUUUCAUCGCAAAAAAAAAGACAACCAGACAAUUUACUAAAUUUUUUAUUUUGCAGAACGAACCAGAGCCCAAAAGAUAUGGUUUGUAUUAAAUAAAAAUACCAACCAUUCAAAUUACGUUCAAGCCAGUGUUAGUAUAAAAACAUUACAGAAAGCUUAAACAAUUUAAAACUAUUUAAACUUGAGCUAUACUUUUAGCGGCCACAAAUGUGUGCCACCAUUUUGAUCAACAAGAGCAUAAGAGCACUUGGGGAAUAUUAUGAUUGUCAAAGGCAAGUUUACUCAUACUUACAUUUCCUGUUAUACGUUCUUCGUAUUCUUCCUAUUCAUCGCCAGUGAACUUUCUUGAAAUACAAAGAAAAUUUCUCUGUUCUUGCCCGCAAGAAGACGUAGCCACAUGUGUAUAGAUUUUCCAAAUCGAAUGCAGCGAUCACCAAGCAAAUCUUCGCGCAUGCUCAGACGUUUGACCGCGGUGGAUGGCAGGAAAAGAGCCUCGAAGCUCCUUUCCCAGGCCCCCGCUGGUGUUUUGCACUAGUUUUCAUGUUUCAGACGAUCUUGGAGCCAGAGCAGACUAUAAUCAAGAUUUUUGAAACUGUAGAAUGUAAAUAUCAUGUUUAUGCCUCUCUUACCUUCCAGCUCCCAAUGGAACAUCAUCUUGUAAUAUUCGUCCCUCUUCCUCAUCACUGUUGACUACCAACUAUCUCAAAAAGACAACAGAGAUUCACGCCACACCUGCAGUCAGCUCAGUCUUGAUGACUAAACCUUUAUCAGGUUUGAAUUUCAUUUUUUGUUUACCCUUGCGUAGUGUUAGAGGUGCUAAUUUGUAUUUUAAUGUGCAGCAUUGAGGUACAUCUAGCCCCUAGGUAUGCGGUUUUUUAUCCUUUUGGGUGAUGAUGUUAGUUAAAAGGAGAUGUUCUACGUUAAUGCGGUACCGUCCAUUUGAGCUCUCCUGUCUAAUACAGGUCAAAACAAUAUACAACACAAAGCACGGUAAACUAAACGGGUUAAUGAGAGUUAAUUUUUUAAGUCUUUGGACAUAACUGGUAAAUGAAUGCACAAUUUUCUGACAGUAAAUCUCCAAUGAAAUCGAAGUUGCAGCCAAUGACCGAACUUUUUAAUCGUUGUACCGAGGUCUUCUCACGUUUGCUUCAAUGGCCUAGAAAACGGGCGGAUGGUGUGCAUAGGGUUUCUCUUGGAAUUUAAACUCUGAGGUUUGUCUGCUAUUAAGAGUCACGUGGCCUAGUCACUUUGGUUCCACCACGGGCGUUCUCUCCGCCCGCCCAUGUGCAUAAAAAUGCUUGGGCAAGAAAGUAACAGAUGACUUCCCUCAAAUUGAACGAUAUCUUUAUUAUCCAUUUAUUUUGUUUAGCAUUUAAUUCAUCUUCAAAAACAAGUCAAACGGGAUCUUUAUUCAGCUCUUUCACAGCAAGUACAGCGAAUUAUUCAGCAUCAGGUUUGUCAGCCGUGGUUAACAUUUGUGUACCGCAUUUAGUAUGUUCAACAUUUUAAUAUGCAAGUUUAUGUUUUACCCAACCAACAGGGAACAAUCAAAUUUCACGUAAAGUGAGCAUAAUCAGAACAAACUUCUCAGCAAAAGGUUCUUGUGAACGUAUUUACGAGUGUGCUAUUUAUGGUGUUGAACGUUUUACGUGUUGUUUACUAAAUAUUUUGCUUCAUGUACUGUACCUCAACAACAGUUCCUCGUACCUCGAACGAUUUCAGUGCUCUUGAAAUUGUCUUUAAAAUGUUCUUCCUGCUUUCAGCGCAGAUUAUCCAGCCGACAGAAAUCGUAACCAAUGUAUCUAUUGUUGAUCAAAAGACAACGGUAAAAAUGUCAGGUUAG